CAGUUUUUGUUAUUGGGAUGGGUGAAUUACUUCUUUUAUGCGCGCUGUUUGUUGUUGUAAUUGUAGAUGUGAAUAAAUAGAAACAAAAUCAUUAUGUUGCGGGAACGUGUUUUGGACUAGUUGCGCUUGCUGCCUUUGCUAUAACCUUUACAGAAUCACAGAGCUGGUCAGGAAAUUACAAGAGGCGAUAUGGAGUGACACGCUACACAUCGGUCUGGUAUUGUCGAUCCCGUUACUGGUACAACUUGCAAUCGUGGUGUCCCGCUUCCAGCUUUUACCUCCGUCCUGUGUAUGGUUAUAUUUACUUGUGUAAAUCUGGAUGGACAACGAGUAGCUAUCGGAACUGCAAUAUACCUAUUUGUCGGCCAUCAUGUCAGAAUGGCGGGAAUGGUACACAUCCAAAUCAGUGUGAUUGCCCUAGUACAUCAACUGGUGGAUCAUGUCAGACACGUCAAUACUUGCAGUCACAUGUUCCUAUAGACGCCCCUGCUAUCCUGGGGACUGUGAAGCGAAUUCAUGCAAGUGUGAGCCUGCAUUUUAUUUAACGAACACACAAGACGGAUGCAUUAACAUAAACAGCACUGCUGAGAAGUUUCGCCCAGAAAUCGUCCAAAGCAACGUUACACUUGGCCAUAUUCGUCGCCCUGAUAAUCAAACUCAGUUCAUGUUCACUGUGGUCGGGAAGGAUGAAAAUGACUUCACUUUGGUGUGGAGCAACCAAAACCGUUUCAACAACCUGAGGUUCGAGUUUGAUACGCUGAUCAACAUUCCUGAAAUCCCAGAAAGGCCUGUUUAUGUCCAUGACGCUAGAAUUGGAAUAGUCGCAAGCAGUAUAGAGGCAUCUGUAAGCAAAAUACCACGUGAUGGAGGCAGCACUCGAUACAUUGCUUCUAACAAAACCUACAACUGUGAGACUGGUAUAAGCGAAGAUAAUCCUGCAGUAGAGAAGAACACUUGUGAAAUCUACGAUGAAAACUUCGCGACCUUGAUUGAACAUGGAGAUAUCCUUCUUCUAAAAUUCCGAUCGCGUAGCGGUGGGUUUCAAAAGCUAAUAAACAUAGAUAACCAGGGGAAACCGUUUGCGACCAAACAUUACAAUGGCCUUCAAGGCCAGGAAAAUUUGGAGUUUCGUUUCGACUUUAUUGUUCCCGAGCACUGUUCUUUAGAUUCCGGGUCGUGCCUUUCCAAGCCACUUCACAUAGACGAUGAAUUUACCAGGAGUACUAUACAAGUCCGUUGGUCUGAUUGGACAGAUGCGAUGUCUGGCAUGUGGCAGUAUUAUUUUGAGGUGUUUAAACUGCAACCAAACAGAGACGGAAAACUAGAAGAGGCUACGCCUAUCAACCCAGUUUUUAAUAGAACACUUAACCACACUGACGGAGAAAUAUCUAGUUCUUUCACACCCGACGAACCUGGAAUGUACAGUGUGCUUUUGAAAUUGUCCGAUAUGGCCAACAAUUCCAGAAUCGCUCGGCGCUUUGUUCUUUACGAUGACACAUCCGUGAUAUCUGUGAGUAACGAGACGGACAAGAAGCUGUACUUCUCCAGUGCUAUGGAGGAGACUGGAUACGCUUGGCAAACGCCUUCGAACAAUAACGAUACCACGGUAACUGUGAAUGUGAGUUGGGAUGGACACGCAAACAAAUUGCAUGAAGACGGGAAAUUUCUUGCUGAAAUCGAAGAGUUCCCAAUUCAGUUUAAAGAAAUUGAAGAUGAAGGGAUAUUUAUGAGUCUAAAGUUUGUUUCCGACUCUCUUGACGACGACGAGGGUGAACGUACACGUCAAGCUAUUCCUAACUAUCAUGGCAUCGUCCAAUUUGAGGUAGCAUACGAACAAUCCGCAUCAGAGGAGGUGCCAACAGGAUGGUCAGUAGUCGGACUUCAUGAAAGAACAUCAUCCCAAAGAACCCUUGAAAAUGGUGAUCGUUUGCGUGUAUGGAUCAGAGCUACUGACGUUAUGGGAAAUACUAGGACGGAUUCGACAUUAAUGAGAAUUGACGGAUCUCCGCCAACAAUUUCAAGUGGAAAUAAUUCUGAUCAUCGCAUUGAAUUAAAUAUUUUUGGUGGAGCAUAUAGACAUUCAUCAAGAGCAAACUUUUUGGCAUCCGAUAGACAAAGUGGAGUACACAAAAUUGGAAUAAAACUAAUAGUGAAAUUGCCUGGGAAGGAUGGUUUAGUAGCAUAUGACAAUUUUACAGAAGCUAUGAGAGGGGACGGCGACGUCGAAGAUCCUCGGUGUAUCGGUUUAGACCAAAAUGAUCGGUGUCUCCUGCCAGAACAAAUUGUGGAUAUCGAUAACUGCUGGCUGACUGUAGACAAGGAGGAUCUGGAGACCGCGACUGCCGAGCUAGAGAUCACCGCAUACAAUCAAGCAAUGCUUACAGCAACCACCAUAUUCGAUAUGGGUCCACUUAGAUAUCUUCAAGGUUUGGAAAAAUACAAUGGUCCAACGAACUUAAGGAUUGAACACUUGAAACCCACAAGCUUCCGACUUAAAUGGGACCUUGAAGAAUCGGAGUCUUGCUACUGGGCACCACACAUCAUCAUUAUUAUAACAUUUAAGGACUUAAACGGCGAAAUUCAAAUGCAGUCCUUUGAAUUUUUAAGUACUUUAGCCUAUUUUGAUAUUGCUGGACUGUACCCUGAAGUGGAAUACAAUGUAGAGCUUCGGUUAAGAGCAGACAAUGGACAUGUCCGACAAGUCGGAGAAAACCUUUCCGUUGUUACCCCACAUUUUAGUCAAGAAGAAGACUUAUCUCGGGUAUUUCCUACUGGUGCUGUGGUCGGAAUAACAGUUGGUAUACUGUUAUUGUGUGUUAUUUUCGUUCUCCUUUUUAUUAAAAUUCGUGGAAAUAUCAAAGAAAAACGUAAAAAGAUUGCGAUGCCUCGAGCCAUUACGAAUCGUGUACAUCCAUCUGCGUCUGAGUCGAAUAAGGGAAGUUUACAUGAAAUCCAUAACAAUGAGAAUGAGAACCUUCAGAGUGAAUUGUACUUGUACGGAGAAAUGAACUUUAAUUCCUCCAGCAAAGGUUACAUAAGCAGUGACAAUAUUACGUUUAUAGCAUUCUGGAAGAGCGGUCACUUUGCGAACAUAUACCACGCACGUUACAACGGACAAAACGUUGUUGCUAAAACUCUUACGAACAUUUAUUCUUUAUAUUUUUCAGAGGACUUUUCAAAGAAUGACGAGCUGCUUAUGAAGGCGAAGUUAAACUUCUCUUCUGUAAAGGCUGGCGACCAUCCAAAUGUCAUCAAGUUCGUCGGUGCGGUAGUAGAUAACGUUGCACUUGGUCCAAUAAUAAUUUAUGAGUUAUGCGAAAUUGGAAGCCUAAGGCAUCACCUCCAGAAAAACAAAUAUAACUUCAUCAUCAAAAUGCAAGAAAACCUCUUUCGCUUUGGACUCGAUGUCGCCAAAGGCAUGGAGUUUCUAGCUUUUCGAGGGGUGACACACCGACGUCUUGCUGCUCGGAACAUCCUGCUUAAUUUUCUCAACGAGGCGAAGAUUGCGGGUUUCGGACCCCAGCCGUCAGGCAAGGAUAACGGAGGUGAAGCGGAACGUAUUCCAAUGAAAUGGACGGCGCCUGAGUGUAUGACAACAACUAAGGAGGCAAACGAGAGAAGCGAUGUCUGGUCGUAUGCUGUAGUUCUUUGGGAAAUUUUCUCUCUAGGCAAUUUCUUAAAUUUAAAAUAUGUUGUAAAAAUAUACUAUUAUAAGCAUGUACGAGCUGUUCAAAUAACCUUUUAAGUAAUAAAUUGUUACAAGUUUAGGUAAAUGACAUAAUAUGAAACUAUGUGCACGAUUGCUGAAGAAAUUGGUCUAAGCACCAGAACGAUUUCAUAUUUAUAUUCUUUUAAAAACUCUGUUUUUAUAUAACUUUUAAAAUAGUUAUAUUUUCCGCUUAUAUCGGGUAUUGGCAGGUAUGACAUUUUAAAUAAUAUUUUCUAUGUACUUUCCAGGUUAUUCGCAUUUGUAUAACAAACAUCGGAUAGAAAUUGAUGUGACUUAUAUGUUUUACUUUUUAUAUGUUUCAAUUGUUUUAUAACGAAACUAACGGCGCAGGACUAGUGUUAUAACUUUGCAUAUAAGGUAACCGCAUUGCAUACAAAAGUGUAAAGAUGCAAAACGGUACCUCAGCCUUGGGAUGCUUGAUUAAACAGAAAUACUGUCGGUGUGAACAAACUCAUUUCCAUGAUGAAACGAAGCCUGCUUUAAUCCAAACAAACGACUCCCUUAACAAAGAGCCAGAAAGUUGAGAAAUUGAAUUAUUACAAUAUAACUUCUUUUAGCUUAUACCAUGCCUAUAAAACUCAUUUGUUUAUUGGAACAUGAUUUAUAUUUCAUUGUAAAUGGUUUAUUGUUUUUCCGGUGGAUAAAACUGCCCUAUAACACAGGACACGACAAUGUGUGUUGAGGAAACUUUGGUCGAGAUUUCGACUGUUAAUGAGUAAUGUUAAAAAAAGAAUCUCAAAUAAAGGUUUAUUUGGUAUCGAAUUUAACCAAACACAGAGUCUCGUUUUUGUUGUUUUAAAAUGAACUCGUUUCAAAAAUUCGAUACGAAAUAAACACUGAUUUGAGAUCUUCUAUCUAUAUCGCAUGAGGACUCCCAAAACAAAUUUGGUUGCCACGAUUUCAUCCGAUUUAUAUGUUUAACGUUGUUUUGGAUUGUUGCACUGUUUAAGUCCGGCAACAACGGUUUGAAUUUCGACCUGAUGUUGGAUUUUUCAUUCAUUUUACUAAUACUGUAUACUCACUAAAAAUGUCUCCACAAUGUAUAGGUGAAACUCCGUACACUGGUAAAAGCCGAAAACUUCCCCAGCGCCUGAAGAGGGGCGAGCGUCUCGGAAAACCGGGGCUUUGUGAUGACACAUGGUACAAGGUUAUGCAGCAAUGUUGGGAAUACGACCCGCAGAAACGACCUAGCUUCGCUGAAAUCCGCGAACAACUUGAUACCAUGUUUGCCGCUUCUCCGGGAGAUGGCUUCGAUGACUGCAAACGCUAAAUUAGCUCUUCAUUUGUGAAGAAAACUAUUCGAGUAUUCUAGGAAAUACUUAUACAUGUAUACUAAACACCCGAAUAAUUGUAAUAAUUUUCUGUGUCGCUUCUCUCGUAAUCUGAAGGAUAACUUAUCAUAAAGGCUAUACAUUUUGCACCAAGAUAUCGAAGCACUUUGGGAACGAUUGUUAUAAUAACAAACACCAACAAUCCCUACAAGGAAUAUGAAAUAUUGAAUACCUUUGAAAGAUUACGCAAGAUUAGGAAAUAUAUAUUCAAGCUCGGCAGACUGCUUUAAAUACUUCAUAUGCUAUAUAGCCCAUAAUAUACAAUGCAUGUUGCAAAAAAGACGAGGUUGAUGUAUUUCAGGAAUGUUAAUAGACUGAAAUACUUUAAUUGGAAAAGACUUACACACACACACACACGCGCGCGCAGACGCACGCACACACA